AUGGCUGAGAUCUCGCGAGCCUUUCCUCUAGCGCCAGCGUCGAGUAAGCAGUCGCCAGCGCGCGAUCCGCGACGUGCUUCAAGGCAAGAAACUGCAUCCGCCGUCCCUGCUGUCGCCAACGUUCCAGCGCCACCUACAAAACCCAAAUCCUACGGAGAAAGAUUGAUUGAAAACCUAUCGAGCUUGUCUACAGAAGUAUCAAUCGCUACGACUCUCAAGAAUGAGUACGCAAAAGCCAAAAAGGCCCAGACAGGCAUCAACCAACACUACGAGAAGCUUCGAAACUUGAAUCAGUUCCCCGCCGCGAGAGACCUUGUUGGUCGGAUUCGUGAAACCCAGAACAAGGACGUCGAUAGUCUGAAGGAACAACUGAACGUGCGCAAGGAGAACCAGAAGAAUCUAACAAAGCGCGCUGCUGCGCUGGUCGAUGUGGAAGCGAAAAGCGAAACUACUCCUUCAGAGGCGCUGAAGGAUAUACAAACUGAAAGCAGGUCCACCAAGCAGUCACUUCAGAAUCUUAAGGAAAACAUAUUGAAGCUAAGCCGAGACUCUAGAGAGAUACGGGCAACAAGCGAUAGGAAACUUGCAGAACUGGAACGUGUCUCGGGAUCUCAAUCGGAGUUACUACAAACUAUCAAACGACGUCAGGAUAAGGACUUUGAGACGCUAGAAAGAACUCAGGAUGAUAUACGUGACAUCAAUGAGCGCGUCAGGAAUUUAUCGUAUGAGCGAUCGCCUGCCAAAUUCCGAGAAUCUCCGCGACAGAGUGUUGACCAGAAAGCUUUGUCGGCGUUGGAAGAUCGUGUGAAGGCUCUGGAGUCAUUCAAGGAUCAAAAGAACAGUGCUACACCAGAACACAGUCUUUUGACAAAGAGCGUCAACCAAAUUGUCACUCGUCUUGAUGCAAUCGAACAUGGAAGCCGCCCCAUCCCUGGGGCUACCGCUCCAACACAAUCUCCAUCUCCAGCUCUUGAGGAGAGAAUACGAAAGGUUGAAGAGAACAUAGAAGCUAUCAAGGAAAUCAUGGAAUACAAAGAUACCAUCUUGUGCGACGAUAUCGACACCAGGCAGAAGAAGAUGGAGCAGCGGCUGGAGGAGACCGCCGGUCGAAUCAAGGCCGAAGCAGCUUUAGACUUAGAGAAGGCGAUAUCAGAGGUGAAGACAAGUGCACCAAUCAAACAACCGGAUGUAUCAUCCAGCCAGGGAGAUGCUUUUGAGCUAUAUAGUGAACGGUUGGAAUCUGCAACGAUCGCAAUUCGCUCGUUGGAGAGUCGUUAUGCUACCAUUACUGCAGAGGCUCUUGCCCGUCAAGCCAUACCUCUAAUACAUAGCCAAUUCCCGGCCCCUCAGAUACUUCACAACGUUGUGGAGAGAUUCCAUGUCAUUGAAAUGCACCUUGCGCAGAUCUCAAGGCUUCGUGACCUACCUCAAAUUGUGGAUGCUCAUUCGCAACAUUUGGUCGCUCUUCAAGCCCAAGCAACGCAGACGCUCACAAAUGUCGAGUCGAACAUAUCAAAUAACACCAAUUCUGCUGCUCUUGUGGAAAUGCAAAAGAACUGGCACGACGUUUUACAGAAAAUUGAUGAAGUGCAGAAGAACUAUGCCGAACUCAGGGAGUUGGACAAUAAGCUCUCCUCAUACGCCAUGGAAAAUCAGCAAAAGGAUGAUCAGUUACGACAGACAUUGGGCGAAUUGAACAAGGAAAAGGAUCGGGUGGUCGGAGAGCUUACUUCUAUAUCCGGGUCUGUCGACGAGCUCAAAGUUCAGGCACAAGCACAGAAGGAUCAGCAUACAGCUCUAGCUCAGUCAACAAGCAGUCAAGUACAAACCGUUGAACAGCGGCUGACCGCGCGGGUCAAAGAAAUUGGGGAUUCAAUUCAGCAUGUAGAGCAGAAAAUAAGUGAGACGCUUAGUGCAAGUGGUCUGGAAGACGCUAAAUCGAGCAUUGAGAAUUUUGAGGUCGCCCUUCAACAGCACGUUGAGAGCUUGACCUUUCAGCUCACACAGUUGGAGGACAAACAAAAGGCUACUGCGUUAGAGCUAUCGGAUCUUCAGAGAGGCGGGAAUCAGCUUGACAAAUUCCCAGAACGGCAAAGAGCCGAAGAUGACGAAGAAAUCAAGAUGACGUUAGAAGAGCUUGCACAGAGAAUCGAUGACUUGGAGGGUGCCAAAGAGUCAAUUGGACGAAGAUUCCGCGAUUCUCAUUCUCCGAGAUCAAACCGAUCUCGGUCACCAUCACAGUCGAGUAACUGGUCUGGUGGUCCUUCUCGAGACGACGACGAGGAGAAUACCAGGUCAUUCAACCAUAACAGUCGGGUACCUCCCGGAAAGAAGAGAAGUAAACGAAAAUUCGCCAAAGUCUCGGGUGCAUCUUUCGCAUCUCCAAGGGCGUCCAGUUAUGGAGGUACUCCGCCCCGCGCACCAGCAUCUUUGAUUGACAGAACCGGACCGCCUCCUUUCAAGAAGCGACAACGAUCCAUGAUGGAUCUAGUGGAGCACGGCGAUUGA